ACGACAGCUGCCGCUGAUAACGUUACUUCCAUGAUAGGUUAGCCGUGUUGUUAAAAAAAACUUUUAGAUAAAGUACGAAUGGUAGACUUGUCUGUAAACUUCACCGGUAACUUAAGGAACUGUACCACAUAACAAGUUCAAAAAAUGUCCUACUGGGUCCGCUGCAACUACUGCUUCCAGUCCCCCGGUGCUGACCUUAAACUAGCUCUCACAUCUUGCGGCCAUCUCAUUUGUCAUGUUUGUUUCCCGAGAGGUAAACAAGGGGAGUGUUUGAUAUGCAAUGCAAAAUGCCAAGUCUCUCCACUCACUGACAAAAGUAAUUCUGAGGUGAAGGCCUUGUUCUCUGACAUCAGCACAGUUGCAACCAAAUACUUUUCAGAAAUUAGCAAGGUUAUAGUGUUCCAGGCAAGGCAUCAGAAGAGACUGUUAACACACUACCAGCAGAGGAAUGAGAAAUUAGAGGAGGCUUUGAUGAAGAAGAAGCAAGAAGUGCAACAGAUUGCAAAGAAGCUGAGCGAACAAAGUGCCCACUUCACCAAGCUGCAGAAUUCUUUGCUGUAUCAAAGCUCGAAUGCCUCAUCAGUGCCCCAGAUGAGCCUCACUUCCUGUAUCCCUCAUGGUGGGAAGUCAGUCAGGCACAGCCCAUAUGGCUCUCCCAUGCCCCUGCAACGACACUCAUCAACCAGUAAUCUGGAUAAAAACUUGGAGGUGGAUGGAAAGAAUCUGUUCAAGAAGCCGGACUCUCGCCCAAGGCUAUCGUUGAUCAGCCCUCCACAAAACGGUCAAAUGGGUUCUGUCACUCAUCGAUUUGCCAAUCAGAACACGGGCAACCACUCAAUGCACUCAGCCACAGUCAGUCGUUUCCAGGGUGCGUCAACAUCCUCAGAUGUCUCAUAUGGUCGGAGUUCUGGUUGGGUGUCCCCUGUUUUUAAACUGCCUACUUCUUACAGACACUCGUCCUAGUCCUCCCU